GUGCGUCACAGACUGUUUUAAAGGGAUUAAAACGUUUGUUUGGGUAAGAGCCAUUAGAGCGAAUCUACAAACCCCAGAGACCCUAGUGGCCUGAGAAAUUCCUUGCUUGGUGAUUCACUGAUACUACAAGGUCCGCUACUUCCAGGAAUUCUGGGAAAGCACAGGUUAGCCUUUCCUGAAGUGGGGCAGGAGACGUGAGUGAGAGCACGGCAGAGAGUCAGAUAGGAGGCUGCACAUUGUCCUGGACUUUUGAGCUGCUCUGUUGGUCACUGCUGAAUGCCAUUUACAAUCUGCGUGUCCUCGGUGUGUCAUUGCAGUUGAGAGCUGAGAGUGAAGAGGGACCCGAGUGAAGAUGUCUGUCUCCACUCAGCUGGGUCUGCUGCUGUGGAAGAACUUCACCUACAGAAGGAGACAAACACUCCAGCUGUUGACGGAGAUCGUGUGGCCUCUAUUUAUUUUCUUCAUUUUGAUCGCUGUGAGGUUGAAUUACCCACCAUAUGAACAACACGAAUGUCACUUUCCCAACAAAGCCAUGCCCUCAGCGGGCACCCUGCCCUGGAUCCAGGGCAUUGUAUGUAAUGCCAACAAUCCGUGCUUCCGACACCCCACCCAUGGGGAAUCUCCGGGAGUUGUCGGGAACUUCAACGAUUCCAUAAUCUCACGCCUAUUUUCUGAUGCCAAGAAGAUCUUACUGUACAGUCAAAAUGACAAGAGUUUAGAUGGAUUCAAGGAACUCAUCAGUGCUGUAAAAGUCAUGCAAAACAACACCGCUGGUUUCAAGCUGAAGGACUUCCUCCAUGAAAACGAGACCCUGUCCAGAUUUCUCCAGCAAAACGCCUCAUUUUCCAAGCAUUCUGUAAACAAUAUUCUGGAAGCUGAUGUGAAUCUAGAAAAGGUGCUGAUCAAAGGUUUUGGAGUCCAUCUGAGAGACAUGUGUAGCUCCACCACACUUGAGGACUUUGUGACCAUCUCAGACAAGCGGGUGGCUAGAUUCACUCAGGACAUCAUAUGCAACUCUUCUAAAACCUGGCUGGACCAGGCUGAGACACACUUCAAAUCCAACCUGGAUUUCUUCAAACCUAUUAGGUCAGAUGUAAGGACUAAUGCCACUGAUGUCCGACAAGUUGCCAAAGCUAUGGACAACCUUCUGGAGAGCCUUGGAUCACUGGCUGCAGAGCUGGCCAGUAUGAGGAGCUGGAGUGACCUGCGAAAAGAGAUCCUGUUCCUGACACUAAACGCCACUGGCUCACCCAGUCUGAUGUACCAGGCUGUGUCCCGUAUCAUGUGUGGACACCCGGAAGGUGGUGGCCUCAAAAUUAAAUCCCUCAACUGGUAUGAAGACAGCAACUUUCAGGCACUGUUUGGCAGCCAUAAUAGCAGUGAUGAAGAACCAGUUUCAAUCUAUGACAACACCUCCACUCCAUAUUGUAACAGCUUGAUGAAGAACAUGGAGACCAGUCCCAUCUCUCGUAUGAUAUGGAGAGCUUUAAAACCCCUUCUGAUGGGGAAGAUCCUCUACACUCCACAUACACCUGCAACACAGAAGAUCAUCCAUGAGGUCAACAAGACAUUUCAAGAGCUUGGUAUCCUUAGGGAUUUAGGUGGAAUGUGGGAAGAAACCAGAACAAAAAUUUGGAACUUCAUGGAGAACAGUGAUGAAAUGGAUCUACUGCGGACGCUUCUUCGAAACCAUGCCACUGCUAAUUUCUUUAGCACCCAGUUGGCUGGGACUCAGUGGCAUGUGGAGGAUGUUAUCAGCUUCCUGUCUAAGCACUCUGAAGACACACGUCCCCAUGGAACGGCAUUUACAUGGCGGGAUGUGUUCAACGAGGCAGAUCAAGCCAUUAUGAGCAUAUCACGUUUCAUGGAGUGUGUGAACCUGGAUAAACUGGAACCUGUGUGGACAGAGGAGAAACUAGUGAAUGAGUCCAUGAGUCUGUUGGAUAACAGAAAGUUCUGGGCUGGAAUUGUGUUCCUGGACAUACAGUCCAACAGUUCAGAACUUCCACCACACGUCAAUUACAAGAUCCGCAUGGACAUUGAUAACGUGGAACGCACCAACAAGAUCAAAGAUGGGUAUUGGGACCCCGGUCCCAGGGCAGACCCUUUUGAGGAUCUGCGAUACAUUUGGGGAGGAUUUUCUUACCUUCAGGAUGUUAUUGAACACAGUAUUAUCAGGGCAAUUACUGGGACCAAAGAGAAGACUGGUGUCUACAUUCAACAGAUGCCUUACCCAUGUUAUGUUGAUGACAUUUUCCUUCGUAUUAUGAGUCGUUCCAUGCCGCUCUUCAUGACUCUGGCCUGGAUGUACUCAGUAGCCAUCAUCAUCAAAAGUGUUGUCUAUGAGAAGGAGGCUCGUCUCAAGGAGACCAUGAGGAUCAUGGGCUUGGACAAUGGGAUCCUGUGGUUCAGCUGGUUCAUCAGCAGCCUCAUUCCUCUACUGAUCAGUGCAGGCCUACUGGUUCUUCUACUCAAGAUGGGUAAUCUCCUGCCCUAUAGUGACCCUGGGGUAGUCUUCCUCUUCCUCGGCUCAUUCGCAGUGGUAACCAUCAUGCAAUGCUUCCUGAUCAGUACAGCGUUUGCACGUGCCAAUCUGGCAGCCGCCUGCGGAGGUAUCAUCUACUUCACUCUCUACCUGCCCUAUGUGCUGUGCGUGGCCUGGCAAGACUAUGUGGGCUUCUCCGCCAAAGUCAUCGCUAGUUUACUGUCUCCUGUGGCAUUUGGGUUUGGCUGUGAGUAUUUUGCCCUGUUUGAGGAGCAGGGUGUGGGCAUUCAGUGGAAUAAUCUCUUCUCCAGCCCUGUGGAAGAGGACAACUACAACCUCACCACCUGCCUCAUCCUCAUGUACUUUGAUGCCUGCCUGUAUGGCAUCAUGACCUGGUAUAUAGAGGCUGUGUUUCCAGGGCAGUAUGGUAUUCCCAGGCCCUGGUACUUCCCACUCACUAAAUCUUAUUGGUUUGGAGAGAGCAACACAAAGAAUGCCACAAUACAUGGAAAGAAGGGCAAUGCAGGAGACAUCUGCAUUGAGGAGGAACCUACUCACCUUGAGCUGGGAGUUUACAUUGAGAAUCUGGUGAAGGUUUAUCAUCAUGGCAAAAAGCUGGCGGUCGAUGGAUUGACACUGGGCUUCUAUGAGGGACAGAUCACCUCUUUCCUAGGUCACAAUGGUGCUGGAAAAACUACCACCAUGUCUAUUCUCACUGGCCUUUUCCCUCCAACCUCUGGCACUGCUUAUAUCAUGGGCAGAGACAUCCGCUCAGAGCUGAGCUCCAUCAGACAGAGUCUGGGAAUGUGUCCACAGCACAACGUUCUCUUCAGCAUGUUGACAGUGGAGGAGCACAUCUGGUUCUACGCCCGUCUGAAGGGCCUGUCUGAAGAGAAGGUGAAGGCAGAGAUGGAGCAGAUCCUGGCUGACACUGGCCUUCCACACAAACGCCAAUCCAGGACAAGCCAGUUGUCAGGUGGUAUGCAGAGGAAGCUCUCCGUGGCACUUGCGUUUGUUGGAGGGUCAAAAGUCGUCAUUUUGGAUGAGCCAACUGCUGGUGUAGACCCUUACGCUCGUCGGGGCAUCUGGGACCUUCUUCUGAAGUAUCGUGCAGGUCGGACAAUCAUUCUUUCCACCCAUCAUAUGGAUGAAGCUGAUAUCCUCGGCGAUCGCAUUGCCAUUAUUUCCCAUGGAAAGCUUUGCUGCGUCGGCUCCUCUCUUUUCCUGAAGACUCAACUGGGAACAGGAUACUAUCUUACCUUGGUGAAGAAAAACACAGAACCUUCUCUUAGUUCUUGCAGGAACUCGAGCAGCACUGUGUCCUAUAUUAAGAAAGAUGAUGAUGCAUCAGAGAGCAGUUCAGAUGCAGGUUUGGGCAGUGACCAAGAGAGUGAAGCCACCACAGCGAUAGGAACUUGUUGGCCUGAAUCUCCUGUUGUCCCCGUCGACGUGUCCCUCAUCUCCAGUCUAAUCCUGAAACAUGUUCCUGCUGCCCGCAUGGUGGAAGACCUCGGUCAUGAGAUCACAUAUGUGCUGCCGUAUGAAUCUGCUAAAGAUGGUGCUUUUGUUGAACUCUUCCAUGACCUUAAUGACCGGCUCACUGACCUGGGCAUUUCAAGCUAUGGUGUUUCAGAUACCAGCCUUGAAGAGAUUUUCCUUAAAGUGGCAGAGGACAGUGGAGUUGACACAGAGAUCCUCUCAGAUGGGACUCUGCCCGUGCGCAGACACAGACGACAUGCAUUUGGUGCCGACCACCAGAGCUGCCUCAAACCCCUGACCGAAGACGAUGACUUUGACUCCAACGACUCUGAUGCUGAUCCAGAAUCCAAAGAGACAGACUAUUUGAGUGUUACUGAUGGUAAAGGAUCAUACCAGGUGAAAGGAUGGAGUUUGAAGAGGCAACAGUUUGUGGCUUUAUUGUGGAAAAGAUUUCUAUAUGCUCGCCGGUCAAGGAAAGGCUUCUUUGCACAGAUCGUACUUCCCGCUGUGUUUGUGUGUAUCGCUCUGGUAUUCAGUCUAAUUGUUCCACCCUUUGGAAAAUAUCCCAGUCUGGCUCUCAAUCCAUGGAUGUAUGAAGAACAGUUCACGUUCAUCAGUGAUGAUGCUCCACAUGAUACAAGUACACAAAAAUUACUCAAUGCUUUAUUAGAUGACCCUGGCUUUGGAACACGAUGCAUGGAAGGAGAACCGAUUCCUGAUGCUCCCUGUACAAUGGCUGAUGAGGACUGGUCUGCACCAGAGGUUCCAGAGAGUGUAAGUGACAUUUUCAGGAUGGCAAACUGGACCAUGGACAACCCAUCACCUGCUUGUGAAUGCAGCUGUGAUGGUAAGAAGAAGAUGCUCCCAGAAUGCCCUGCUGGCGCCGGUGGACUGCCACCUCCCCAGAUGAAGAUAAGCGAAACCGAAACCCUCCAAAAUCUGACAGGACGAAACAUCUCAGACUAUCUAGUGAAGACCUACGCCCAGAUCAUUGGCAAAAGCUUGAAAAACAAGAUCUGGGUGAAUGAAUUCAGGUAUGGUGGAUUUUCAUUGGGUGCCAGAAGCACUCAGGUACUUCCUCCUGCUGAGGAGUUUGAUGAUGCCAUCUCUCGAGUCAGGGAGAUCUUCCAGCUGGGGAAGAACUCAGGCUCAGCAGCGGACCGUUUUCUGAACAGUCUGUCCACUUUCAUCAAUGGGCUGGACACUAAGAAUAAUGUCAAGGUAUGGUUCAAUAACAAGGGCUGGCACAGUAUUGGAGCCUUCCUCAAUGUCAUGAAUAAUGGUAUCUUGCGUGCCAACUUACCACCUGGCAAAGACCCCCGCACAUUUGGCAUGACUGCCUUCAACCAUCCGCUCAAUCUGACCAAGGAGCAGCUUUCUCAAGUGGCACUGAUGACUACCUCAGUGGACGUGUUGGUUUCCAUCUGCGUCAUCUUCGCCAUGUCCUUCGUCCCUGCUAGCUUUGUUGUCUUCCUCAUUCAGGAGCGUGUGAAUAAGGCUAAGCAUAUGCAGUUUAUCAGUGGAGUUCAGCCAUUCCUCUACUGGCUGGCCAACUUUCUCUGGGACAUGUGCAAUUAUGUUGUUCCUGCAACACUGGUCAUCCUGAUCUUUGUGUGCUUCCAACAAAAAGCUUACGUCUCUUCCACCAACCUACCUGUUCUUGCCCUAUUGCUGCUUCUCUAUGGAUGGUCCAUUACUCCCCUCAUGUACCCAGCUUCAUUCUUAUUCAAAAUCCCCAGCACUGCUUAUGUGGUUCUCACUAGCGUCAACAUCCUCAUUGGGAUCAAUGGCAGUGUGUCCACUUUUGUAAUGGAACUGUUUGGAAAUAAUGAGAUUGGUGGCAUCAACGACAUCCUGAAGAACGUGUUGCUGAUCUUCCCCCACUUCUGUCUGGGUCGAGGUCUCAUCGAUAUGGUCAAGAAUCAGGCCAUGGCUGAUGCCUUGGAGAGAUUUGGCGAAAACCGUUUUCGUUCUCCACUCGAGUGGGACAUGGUGGGCAAGAAUCUUUUCGCCAUGGCAGUGGAAGGAGUGGUCUUCUUCAUCAUCACAGUCCUUAUCCAGUACCGAUUCUUCUUCAAACCCAAGUCAUUAAGUGCUAAGUUGAGUCCGAUUGGAGAAGAAGAUGAGGAUGUUGCCAGAGAGAGGCAAAGGAUCAUGAGUGGAGCUGGCCAAGGAGACAUUCUGGAACUCCGUCAACUCACAAAGGUGUACAAGAGGAAACAGAAGCCUGCUGUUGAUCGUCUGUGUGUGGGCAUUCCUCCAGGAGAGUGUUUUGGUCUGCUCGGUGUUAAUGGAGCUGGAAAGACAAGUACCUUUAAAAUGCUAACCGGAGACUCUGUGGUCACCAAUGGAGAAGCAUUCUUAGCAGGGAAGAGUAUACUCAGGGAGAUAGAUGAAGUACAUCAGAACAUGGGCUACUGCCCUCAGUUUGAUGCCAUCAACGACCUGCUAACAGGACGGGAACACCUGGAGUUCUACGCCAUCCUGCGCGGUGUACCUGAGAAGGAAGUUUGUGAGGUGGCAGAGUGGGGAAUCCGUAAACUGGGCCUUGUGAAGUAUGUGGACAAAAAAGCAGGAAGCUACAGUGGCGGCAACAUGCGCAAACUCUCCACUGCCAUUUCUCUCAUAGGAGCCCCACCAGUGGUCUUCCUGGACGAGCCCACUACUGGCAUGGACCCCAAGGCACGGCGGGCAUUGUGGAACUGCAUUCACAGCGUCAUCAAGGAGGGGCGCUCUGUCGUGCUUACCUCACACAGUAUGGAGGAAUGUGAAGCAUUGUGCACUAGAAUGGCCAUCAUGGUGAAUGGCAGGUUCCGCUGUCUGGGGAGCGUCCAGCACCUGAAAAACAGGUUUGGUGAUGGAUACACCAUCAUUCUGAGGGUAGCGGGGCCAGACCCGGACCUACAGCCUGUGAUGAAGUUCAUUGAGAGCGAGCUGCCGGGCAGCACUCUGAAAGAGAAACACAGAAACACGCUGCAAUACCAGCUUCCCUCCUCUCUCACGUCCCUCGCUCAUAUCUUCAGCAUACUUGCCAAGAACAAAGAGUUUCUCAGGAUAGAGGACUACUCCGUGUCCCAGACCACUCUGGACCAGGUAUUUGUUAACUUUGCCAAGGACCAAAGUGACGAACAUUCAGACAGCUCCAUACGUCGUAAAGAGACAGUGGUGAACAUGGCGUUACUCAGCCCUCUGUCUAUCAAAGACAACAUGGAGAAGCCAAUAGAAAGCUUUGUUUGAGCUGAGGUCUCUCUUUACACUAAAAGCUAACUGGAGCCAAUGGAUUCCAUAUAUUUCACAAUGUUUUUGUGGCCUUUGUGCUGCAGUUCUGCCGUUCUGGCCUCUGCCCGAAGAUAAAUACCUUCAUUACUCAGCUGAGAGACAGAUAAUGCAGCCUAAAUACUCAAUGCAAGUCAAUGCAAAUAAAUUAAAAAGACUUCUCUCUCGUUUCUAGCGUGGCUCAAUCCAAGUCAUGUUGGUUACAAUGUGUGAGAGUGUUAAACUUGAAUAUCUGCCAUAAUUUCUAGUGUAUUAUGCACAGUUGUUUGGAGGUGUCAUUGAUUUCAUCACGUGACAAUUUGGGCUGAUGGGUGAAUGCCAAUGAUCAAUAUUUCAGGGUCAGUGUCUUUGUAUUGUAUGUUCUUAAUACUAGAAGACUGGAAACUACAUGCUGAAGAAUCAUAAUUGUUUGUGUUGCCAAGGGCUAAACUGCAAAACAAAUUGUUCUAUGUUCAAUUGAUUUUGUAAUGUGUCUAUUUAUAAGUGAACAAUUGUUUAGAUGUUUUUAUAAGUCCAAUGGGGCAUUAUUUUAUAGGCUGUUCUAUCAACGGGUGCCUCACAUUUACUUUGUACAUGCCAAUCAGAGUGGAGAAAACAAUCUUCGUGUAUGGACAGUGUAGAACUAAACAAAAUGGGUUUUUUUCUAAGAAAAAAAAAAAGAAUAUUUUGUCACACUAUGUAAUAAAUACCUUGAUUGAAACAGCAAUCCUUGCGGACACUCCAAGAGUCGGAAGAACAAUUUUUUUGUUUUUGGAAGGAAGCGAAUUAAAACAAAACCAUAAUGUGGCUUCUAUCCUUCAAUGGAACUCUGGUACAAGUGGCCAUUCAGUGCAGUAAAGGUGAUCUGUCCAUACAUUUGGUCUGGAUUGUAAAAUCAGUAUUUUGGAUCUCAUUGGGAAAGGCAACAGUGAAGUCUGCCUUUUGUCCAAGCACUUUACUUGCUGUGUUAACUGGAACUUAAUUUAAUGACAAAUUGUGUUAAUCUCUUUGCACUGGAUUUUCCUCAGACAAUGUAUUCACCGUUUUUAUCUAGUCAUAAGUUUUGGUUUGGUCUUUCAACUGAAAUGAUAGAACAAAAAAAAACCCUAUAAAAGUGAUAUUUCUCAUUUGAUACCAGUUUUCAUUUCAAAUCUACAGCUGUGGAAUGUCUGUUACUUGCCUUGUACACUUACUGUAUUUACACAAUAAAACAUGACAAUUCUACAAUCCUAA